GUAUCCAUUUAAUUAACUCUUUCACACAAACAGAAGGACACUGGAGGAGCAGGUCCCGCCCUCCCGGCUGUGUUACACUGUUAAACUCCAGGCAAUCGGAUCCUUUGUCCGGCCCCGCCAUCAUCGAUUCUCUUCCAUAUUCCACCGGCGGCAAAUUUUCCCGCCAUUUCUUUCCACCCCACUACCUUUCGGUUCAUGUUGUCAGUGCUGUCAUGCCGCCAUUGUUGGAACUUGAACACACUCUCAUGUAAUUUCGCAAGAAAACGGGCACUCAAAUUCUCCAUUUCUUUUUCUCUAAACCUCCAAGGACCCUUCUCUUCAAAACCCUUAUUAGCAUUACCAAAGCAAAAGUUUACAUACGGAACGAUGUCCGAUUCUCUCCCCUCAGCCUUUGACAUUCUCAUGUCGAAUGCUUCAAGAAAAAAUCAAAACUCUUCACAAACUCAGAAGGAAAAACGGCAAUCAUCGCCCAGGAAACGCAAGGCCCCAGCUGAAAAUUCCCAAACACCCCAUUUAAACCCUAACAAUUCUCCGACUCAAAGUGAAAGAACCGUAAAACAAGAACGAUCAAGCCUCAAGGACUCAAAUUCCGCUCAAAUUAAUGAUGCCCGUUUCAAGAACUCGGUGGAAAACGACGAAAAAGCAACAGUUGGUUCAUCCUCUGUUGAAAAUAGUAAUCGAGAGAGAAUAAUAGUUCAAGAAUCAAGCUCAAAGCAAAAUGUAGCAAGAAAUGCUGAUUUGAAUGAAGACUUGGGGCUGGCUAAGAAGGCGAAAGUGUCGAUUAGUCCGGAUGAGAGUAUUGUGGAGUUGAAGAAGAAGGCUACCAGUUUUGAUGCGAAGAGAGCGGCAUAUUGGGGAAAGGGAGAGAGGAUACCUUUUAUGUUUGUGGCGAAGACAUUUGAUGCGAUAUCAAAGGAGUCGGGGAGGAUCUUGAUCACGGAGAUUGUGUGUAAUAUGCUGAGGACUGUGAUUGAAAUGACACCGGAUGAUUUGGUUGCAGUCGUGUAUCUUCUGGCAAAUAGGAUUGCUCCUGCGCAUGAGGGGUUGGAGCUCGGGAUUGGAGACUCUUCAAUUAUCAAGGCGCUUGCAGAGGCUUGUGGUACUAAAGAAGUGCAUAUUAAGAAGCAAUACAAGGAGCUCGGAGAUUUAGGCCUUGUUGUGAAAGCAAGCCGUUCGUCACAGCCUUUGAUGCGUAAACCAGAAGCAUUAACUGUUGCCAAAGUUUUUGAUACAUUUCGGCUCAUUGCCAAGGAAUCCGGCAAGGAUAGUCAAGAGAAGAAAAAGACUCACAUAAAGGGACUACUAGUUGCAGCCACUGAUUGCGAACCUCAAUAUUUGAUUCGUCUACUCCAGACAAAGCUGCGCAUUGGUUUAGCAGAACAAACUCUCUUGGCAGCACUGGGGCAUGCUGCUGUGUAUUCUGAGCAGCAGUCAUCUCCUCCUGCAAAUGUUGAUAAUCCAUUAGAAGAGGCUGCAAAAAUUGUGAAACAAGUUUACUCUGUAAUUCCGGUCUACGAUAAAAUUGUUCCCGCUCUUCUUGCUGGUGGUGUAUGGAAUCUCCCAAAGUCAUGUAGCUUUUCACCAGGUAUUCCAGUUGGACCCAUGUUAGCUAAACCAACUAAAGGAGUAUCAGAAAUUGUGGAUAAAUUCCAAGACAUGGAGUUUACGUGCGAAUACAAGUAUGAUGGAGAACGUGCUCAGAUACAUUAUAUGGGAAAUGGUGCAGUAGAGAUAUAUAGUAGAAAUGCAGAACGGAAUACUGGAAAGUUUCCUGAUGUUGUUGCUGCUAUCACAAGAUUAAAGAAACCUUCUGUAAUGUCAUUUGUCCUCGACUGUGAACUUGUUGCAUAUGACCGUGAGAAACAGAAAAUCCUGCCUUUCCAGGUCCUCAGUACACGUGCUCGUAAAAAUGUUGUCAUGAGUGAAAUCAAAGUUGAUGUUUGCAUAUUUGCUUUUGAUAUCUUGUAUCUUAAUGGACAAGAGCUUCUGCAGGAGCAGCUUGACAUUCGUAGAGAGCAUCUUUACAAGUCAUUUCAGGAAGAACAAGGUCUUGUCCAGUUUGCCACUGCUAUAACAUCAAAUGAUCUAGAGGAAAUACAAAAAUUUCUUGAUGGUGCUGUUGAUUCUAGUUGCGAGGGGUUGAUCAUCAAAACAUUGAGUAAAGAUGCUACAUAUGAACCUUCAAAACGGUCUCACAACUGGUUAAAAUUGAAAAAAGAUUACAUGGAAAGUAUUGGUGACUCGCUGGAUUUGGUGCCCAUUGCUGCUUACCAUGGCAGGGGAAAGCGAACUGGUGUAUAUGGCGCCUUUCUCCUUGCUUGUUAUGACAGUAACAAGGAGGAAUUUCAAAGCAUCUGUAAAAUUGGCACUGGAUUUUCUGAAGCAAUGCUUGAAGAACGUUCUGCCAGCCUUCGUUCUAAAGUUAUUCCCAAGCCAAAGUCAUACUACAGGUAUUCAGAUUCAAUCAAUCCAGAUGUCUGGUUUGAACCCACUGAGGUUUGGGAGGUGAAAGCUGCAGAUCUGACUCUAAGCCCUGUUCAUCGUGCUGCCAUUGGUAUUGUAGAUUCUGAUAAGGGGAUCUCGCUGCGAUUUCCUCGUUUGCUUCGUAUCCGAGAAGACAAGAGUCCAGAGCAGGCCUCGUCGUCUGAUGUGGUAGCCGAGAUGUAUACUGCUCAGAAGCACAAUCAACGAGAAAAUCAAGAUGAAAAUGACAACGAUUGAGGAAAAGAACAAUCCGUAUUCAUUGCAAGUUUGUAUAAUGUUUGGUAUGUUCGACUAGACUGGAUAUGGCAAUAAAUAACUUAUAAAUUUUUGGCACGCAUCUCUUCUAUAAUUAUAUCGAGUCUAUUGCAUCAGACAUGUAUAGGACGGCCUAUACACAUUUUUACAUGUUCAACCGAUCUACUGUAUCAAACGCGUAUCAGACGACCUUGACCUUGACCUUGACCCUGACAUUUGUCAUAUGGGCAUGUGGUGCUUGGCUGGAAUGUGAUAUUUCUUGAGAUACAUUAAUUUAAUUGAAUGAUUUUUU